AUGGCCUCGGCUGCCUUUCAGCAAGACCUCGCCAAAGCUGUAGGCUCCGGUUAUGGAUCGUGUGGUGAGUGUGACAGUGAAUUCUCGAGAGCUUCCUGGCCUAAGGGUCAUGGCCGGAGGAUUGGUUUCGAUGGCUAUGGCUGGAGCCAUUCGAGCUGUGAUCACUUUAUUACCUGCAUCCAAAACGAGUCCCGGAUCAAGAGCUGCUCUAGGAGUCACGUGCCCACUCCCAUAAUCAAGAGGCGUUGCAGGGACGAAAGAUAUCGACUCAGAGCCCGAGUACUGUUGUGCCUGAAGUGGUCUCUCAGCUCGAUCGAUUGUUGUGGCCGUUGUCAUAAGGGCCGACUUAAUUGCAGCUGCACUCCAGUGAGGGUACUUUUGCUUCACAAGUGCAGCUAUUCCGGCUAUAUGGGGCGCUGCCAUGCUCGUGCCCGAUAUCAUGGCAAAUCUUUCUCCUGCUCCAAAUAUACCAUAAAAACUUGGAACAUAAAAUUGGAGAGUGGUGACUUCAAAACAUUUACCGACAAAAUUCGCUUCGUCUGUGCCGUUGGGAGACCAAGCAGCCCAAAUUAG